AUGGCUGACAAUGAGGCAGAUUUCGGGGGCACGGUGGAGGAUGAAGAUGAGGGUCCAGAAGAAUCGGACCUUCAGGGUGAGCUUAAUGCAUUCAGAGUUCAGUGGAUGUCUGAACUUCUACCUAGUCCUGGAGCGAGGGGUCAAUACCUGCAAAGUAAGGGACAAAAGAAGACUCAAGAAAUGGUUCUCGAAGAAAAGGCGACAGAGCUGUUCUUAAGAGCUGUUCAUGAGGAGCAGAUUGGAGCAGUCUAUGAAGCUAUCAAAUACUAUCGCAUGGCGCUGCAGCUUGUGCCUGACAUUGAGUCUAAAAUCAACUACAGCCGUCCAACUGAUGCAGAUAAGAUGAUGGAGCAGAGUGAUGCUGACAUUGAGGAUUUGCUGUCAUAUUUUGAGCAGCAACUCACACUGGAAAGCUCCUAUCCAAAGUUCUGUGUUCCUGAGGUGGACAUGACUCAGACUCAUAUUUCGGUCUUGCCAAGGGAAAUUCUAAUGUACAUAUUUCGCUGGGUGGUCUCCAGUGAACUGGACAUGCGAGCUCUGGAGCAGCUUUCUUUGGUUUGUCGUGGAUUUUAUAUUUGUGCAAGGGAUCCAGAGAUCUGGCGCUCUGCUUGUUUGAAAGUUUGGGGAAAAGGUAGCACAAAACUCUCCAAGCCCUACACAACAUGGAGAGAGAUGUUUCUGCAGAAGCCUCGUGUUCGUUUUGAUGGGGUCUAUAUCAGCAAAAUAUCGUACAUUCGUCAAGGAGAGGAGUCCCUGGAUGGGUUCUAUAGGCCUUGGCAGCAAGUUGAAUACUACAGGUAUCUGCGAUUCUUCCCUGAUGGUCAGGUAAUCAUGAUGACCACUCCUGAGGACCCACUCACCAUUAUUCCUCAUCUAAAAACAAAGAACACCAGACUGGAUUCCAUUUUGCUGGGUCAUUACCGUUUAUCACAGGAGACAGACAAUCAAACCAAAGUAUUUGCGGUCUUGGCUAAGAAAAAAGAGGAGAAAAUGAAUGAGUACACAAGGAAUCGGUUUUCUCGACGGAAUCCUUUGCCCGACGCGGAGCACAGCUUCCAUGUGGGUUUGCAAUUGUCCUCUGGGGGGCGUCAGUGUUCCAAUAAACUGAUGUGGGUCCACCACUCCUGCCACAUCAAAUACAGAGUGACAGAGGAAACAGUUGUGACAUCGUUUGACCUGGACAAGAUGUAUACACCUUUUUUCUUUGCAAGAGUAAAGAGUUACACCGCUUUUUCAAACCAGCCUCUCUAA